UGAAUAUAUUUUAACCAAACAUGGCUUUUGGAGGACAACAAGAUUUUUUAAAGCGACUUCAACAGUUUUAUGGAGAUGUUGUGAUGAAUGUAGUACACGUCUAUUUUGAAAGAGAAGUUUUAGACAAAACUACGUUUUUCUUGUUUCUUGACAAAAAUAAACAUGAAUUAUUUCAUGAAUUAAUUCCCAGGAUUUUAUGCUGUGAAUGUUUAAAGUCGAAUUCGAUAGCAUCAGUUUCUAAGACAGGUUGUUUGGAUGCAUUUCAGUUUGAUCUUUUAUAUGAUCGUUCGGCAUGUGGAGAAACUAACCACGAGAUUAAAAAGGGACAAAAAUUUCAACAAUAUUGUAUUUGCAAUAUAAAUCCUAAUAGAGUAGAAGUAGCAGAUCUUGACAUUAUACUGAUUCGCGCAGUGAUAAAAACAUGUUGUAAGCGAACCCUUCCUGGUAACCCGUCGUGGCUGAAGGAAAUUAAGGACGUCAGAAACUAUAUCGAUCACAUUGGAAACCCUUCAAGGAUAUCAAAAUCGGAUUUUGACGAUAAAUGGAGCAUACUCGAAGCGAACACUAUAGAAUUAGCGGCGAUGACUGGAAAAUCUUUUCGGCACUUGAUACAGAUGCAGAUUCAAAGUCUUAAAACAUUUCAUGAUACCGCUAACGUUAUACAAGAAGCGACUGAAAAGGCAAAUGAUAGUUUAAAAAAGGAUAUUUUAGACGCAUUAAGAAAUCACCCAGGUGUUACUCAAGAUGAAAUUGGACAAAUUAGUUAUCAGUUGGACCAGCUCCUUUUCAAGAUUACAGACCUUGAAGUUAAAAUUUCCACGAAGGGAACAUCAGAUGAAAUUGAAAAUGUACAAAAAGAAGAUCCUACAAAGUGUUUUGUUCGAUGGACACUGUUAACUCCAAGUAGCUGGUGUGUAGAAGAUAUCAAACGGAAGCUUAAAUCCGUAACAGAAUUGACAAACUUUACAAUUGAAUUUGUGUAUACUGGAUCGCUCAUAAUAGACACGUCAGUUUCCUUGGAUAUGAUCACAGUUCCGGACAGAUUUAGUAUAGCUCUCCUAGAAUUUCUACAUAGUUUUGCAAAGUCUUGUGAGAUUGAUACCACCAUUGCUGUUAGUGUUGAUGUAAAAGUUAUUGUAUCUUUUUUACCAUAUAAGGGAAAAGAAAUUACAGAAGAAUUCACGUUUGGAUCCUGUCGAACAUGUCGUAAUAGAAACCUGACUGCUGGAGCAGAAAAGUGGUGUAAAGACUGUCAGGAACUUUAUUGCAACACUUGCUAUAUGUACAAUACGGCUAUCACAUCCUUGGCUAAUCACACAAUACUUUCGUUAAAGGAUAGUAUGGAAUAUUUUCCACCAAACAUUUCACAAAACAUUACAUGCAAUGAACAUGAUCGGGAAUUUAAUUUCUAUUGCAAAACACAUCGUUUCAUUCUUUGUAUUAAUUAUUGUUACAAUGAUAAUUUCUAACGCUUGAAAUAGUAGUUUAAAUAGUUGUUAUUUUAAAUAGACAACAAAUAAUCUGCGUUGAUUGCGUCAGGGUGGUUCACACAAAUUGUGCUGACAUUGUUCCUCUAAGUGUUGCUACUUUAAAUACAACAUCGUCAUCCAUAUUUGAAAAUUUGGUAUCGCAUGCACAAGAACUCAUUGCUAAUACGGAACAAGUUUUGUCAGAUUUAGCAAAUAUGUCAUUAGCUAUUGAGCAACAAAACACUAAAAUUAAAUCUGCUAUUGCAGAUAAGAAUAAAGGGAUUUCUUUUGGAAAUGAAAUAAUUAAUACCACCUUAAACGAAUUAAAAUUAAAGCACGAAGUAUGUCAAACUGAAAUAGAAAAGACCGUUAAAAAAACCAUGACAAUAAAACAGAACAUUUCUAAAAUUGAUAUUCAGUUAUAUCAAAUCAAAGAAUAUUGUUCUGAACGUCAGGCGUUUUUCUUCUUACACAAUAUUGUCAAAAGUAUAACGAAGGCAGAUAAAACAUUUAGAACAUCUUUAAGUGACAUGAAAACGUUAAGUUUGUACUAUAAAUCAGGAGAAACAUUUAACUUUCUAGGCUAUGAGGUAGAAAAGCCCAAAAUUGUCUUAAAUUCUGAACCUUAAAUUUUUAAUUCUGCAAAACAAAGUGCAAAAACUAAACAGGCUCAAGUACCAAUUUCUGAAAUCAGCAUAGAUAAAAUCAGACUGUCAAAAGCAAUCACAUUUCAUUCAUCUAAAAUAUAAAGUCAUACAAUAUUUCAAGGUAGUAUGUCUUAGUGACAAAGUAAUAAUUGUUAACAACACAGCAACGGGACUUCUAAUAUACAAUAUCAUGGGUUCCUUGGAGCGAGAAAUUGAAUAUUUACACGGAGAUAUACAAGGAUUAAAAGAACUCCAAAAUAGAAAUUCGUGGUUUAAAGUUAAAGAUAUAACGGUUAUCAGUAAAGACUGCAUCGCUGUGAUGAGAAA